CCCGAGCCCGGGGGCCAACCGGCUCUUUCCUUCCUCCCCUCCCGCCCCGGCGCCCGCCCGCCCGCUCCGGGACCGCAGCCACGUCUGAAAGCGCCUCAUUGUGCGCGCUCCGCUCCAGCCCGCGGCUCCGAGCGGCCGCACAGGGGACUCCUGCCCGGUUUCCAGCCUCCCGCCGCCUUGGCUCUCCAGGUGCCUCCAAUAUCUCGGCCCCCGCUUGCCAAGUCCACGCCUCUCGGAGCGCCCUCCGCCCCGGGGGCACGGGUGCCCCUUCAGAGCCGUAAGACCCUGCGGACUGUCCCGGCGAGGAGACAGCGGCCGCGGACGGAGCUGGGUGAAGGCGGCGUCCAGGAGUCUCGGCAGAGACUGGGGCCAGAGGCGUCUGCCCAGCGCCGCGCCCCCAGGCCGGGACACCUCGCCUGGGGGACUUGGGGAGAAUAAAAUUCAAUCAAGAAGAUAAAAUACACAUCCCAGUGCCUGCCUGACAUGUUCUUCCUCACUUGAACCCUGGGCCAGUUGGUGGUGUGCUGAAUGUAAGGUGCCUUCUCAGAAAACGCCCAGCUGGGACCUGGAUUCUCUGGACACCCUGAGUGUGCAGGAUGUUUCCAUCUGCUUCCUAGUUCUUGAGUUCCAACAGGAGGAUCAGAUAACAGUUCCUGUAUAGUGUGUCACUUAAGAAGACCUCUGGCAUCCCUGGAGUGCAGGCCCUGAAAAACCUCCAGGCCUCUCCCAUGGACCUGUGAUCGAGGUGGGCAGCCCUCCCAGCAGCCAGGGACAGCAGUCUCCGGCCGGCGGCAUGUGGCUGCGGCGCGUCUCCAGCACGGCGGUGACCGCGCUCCUGCUGGCGCAGACCGGCCUCCUGCUCUUCCUGAUCUCCCGGCCCAGACUGCCGCCUGCGGCGAGCAGCGAGGAGCGGGUGCAUGUGCUGGUGCUGUCCUCGUGGCGCUCGGGCUCGUCCUUCGUGGGCCAGCUCUUCAGCCAGCACCCCGACGUCUUCUACCUGAUGGAGCCCGCGUGGCACGUGUGGGCCGCCCUGUCGCAGGGCAGCGCCUUGGCGCUGCACAUGGCAGUGCGCGACUUGGUGCGCUCAGUCUUCCUGUGCGACAUGGAUGUGUUCGACGCCUACCUGCCGUGGAGGCGCAACCUGUCGGACCUCUUCCAGUGGGCGGAGAGCCGGGCUCUGUGCUCUCCGCCCGCCUGCAGCGCCUUCCCGCGCGGCGCCAUCAGCAGCGAGGCGGUGUGCAAGCCGCUGUGCGCGCGGCGGCCCUUCAGCCUGGCGCAGGAGGCCUGCCGCUCCUACAGUCACGUGGUGCUCAAGGAGGUGCGUUUCUUCAACCUGCAGGUGCUCUACCCGCUGCUCAGCGACCCAGCGCUCCACCUGCGCAUCGUGCACCUGGUGCGUGACCCGCGCGCUGUGCUGCGCUCGCGCGAGCAGACGGCCAAGGCCCUGGCGCGCGACAACGGCAUCGUGCUGGGCACUAACGGCAAGUGGGUGGAGGCCGACCCGGAGCUGCGCGUGGUGCGCGAGGUGUGCCGCAGCCACGUGCGCAUCGCCGAGGCGGCCACACGCAAGCCGCCGCCCGCCCUGCGCGGCCGCUACCGCCUGGUGCGCUUCGAGGAUCUGGCGCGGGCGCCGCUGCCGGAGAUCCGAGAGCUGUACGCCUUCGCGGGCCUGAGCCUCACGCCGCAGCUCGAGGCCUGGAUCCACAACAUCACGCACGGCGCCGGGCCCGGCGCGCGCCGUGAGGCCUUCAAGACCACGUCAAGGGACGCGCUCAACGUCUCACAGGCUUGGCGCCACGCCCUGCCCUUCGCCAAGAUCCGCCGUGUGCAGGAUCUGUGUGCCGGAGCACUACAGCUGCUGGGCUACCGGCCAGUGUUCUCCGAGGACGAGCAGCGCGACCUCAGCCUGGACCUGGUGCUGCCGCGCGGCCCGAGCAGCUUCAGCUGGGCCUCGUCCACUGCUGAGCACCCCGGGCCGUAGUGGAGGCCCCCAGCUGGUGGUCACCAGGGCCAGGAGACCCACGCGUGGUGCCGAAGGGGCUGGGCACGAGGUGGCCCAGAGUUUGGGAGGUCCCGCCUGUAGCAGGCCAGGACCGAGUUCCCAAACUAGUUUCUUUCUGCCCACUUCUCUUUCUUUCGAGUCCUCUUUAGGAGCUGAAUGGUUUCCCCUGGUGGCUCAGCAGUAAAGAAUCUGCCUGCAGUGCAGGAGACGCAGGUUCGAUCCCUCCCUAGGUGGAGAAGAUCCCUGGAGGAGGGCGUGGCAACCCACUCCACUAUUCUUGCCUGGAAAAUCCUAUGGACAGAGGAGCCUGGUGGGCUGCAGUCCAUGGGGGCAGAGAGUCAGACGUGACUGAAGUGAUUAAGUAACAGCAGGUAGGAGCUGAAUUCCUGACAGGAACACUCUUCAUAGAAAGCAGACUGGUUCCCCCACUUCUCCUGAGCACAGGGAAUAAGUUCAAAUGACUUGGCUCCUUCUCCAGCACUUUCUUUCCCUCUCAGUCUCCCUCAGGAUGCCUCAUCCUGCAGCCGAGAAGGCUGGCCCAGCCCUACUUGGGACUGGAGGGGUACUGUGGCCAGCUGGCCCCUGAAGUCAGUACAUCUCCCCCUCCACUGCACCACCCCCAGACUCUGUUCCCCCAAAUCCUCUGGCACCACGUGCCACCAAAGCCAAUGCUUUUAUAUUCAUCUGUGUCUUCAGCAAGAAAUCAGCCAAGCCUAUAUCUUGGGGUCUCCCUUUAGUCUUUCUCUGACCCAAUCUCCCAGGAGCCCAUACGACCCCAUCACCUGCCUAAGUAAGGUGAACUUUUGAUUUGUCCUCAUGGGAAAGCUCCUACUUACAGAAAUAAACAUAUUUAACCUGUAUGAUACAAAUUAGAGUGUACGGCCUAUAAAGUUGGAGAAGCAAAAUGCAAAAGUGAAGGGACUUGUCCAACGCUACAGGAUGAGAAGGAGGAUGAAGAGAGGGACACGGGUUUGCUCUGAGACCACAGUGGGGAGGAGAGGGGGCAUCAGACUUGCAGAAACCUGUUUCCCGGACCAAGAAGGGUCAGAUUUUCCCAUCCUGUUUGCCCAAGAGCUCGGCAGUCGGCCGUAGCUAGGACCGCAGCUGCAGGGUGAGAUGUGGGAAGUGGUAAGCUCGGGGUUCAGAGUGCAGAAUCUAGGGAGCUUCCUGGAUAAGCCUGAAGGGAGGCAAUGAGCAGGCAAAGUAGAGGGAAAGAAGGCUGGGCAGGCCUGGGCAGCAAGCCAGGCAGAGCGUGUGGCAGAGCAAGAGGCUGGCAGCAAGAUCAGUGCCUGGAGGGCAAGUCACGGGGUGGAUGUAACCAGAUAAAGCUUGCCAGGAGCUUGGAAGAAAAAAGGCUCUAGGGUGGCUGUCUCCCUGUGGUCCUUCUGUGCCAGGCCCUGGAGGAGAACAAAAUAUGAUUCCUAGCUGCAAGCUACAGCACCUGGCUCCGCCGGCAGAGGGUCUUACGAAACAGAGGCUGGAUUUUAAAAAAGGAGGUGGGGGGUAGGCGAAGGGGGAAGAUGCGGAUAUGUAAGAGCUAGUCUUAAAUUCAGGAAAUGAAAGCCAACACGUGCUCCAAAAAUGUUGAAAAGGAGGGAGAAGGGUCACAGAACCUCUGGGAAGGACAGGGAAGCAGAUUGGAGUCCGUGCAAAUAGAAUACCCAUCACACCGGAAUACAGAGCUGGGCUGCAGACUGACAGUUAACCACCAGAAGACCUUAGCCCAUUCCCGAUGGGAGUGAGAACUGAGGCCAUCAGUCACUAGGAGGGAUUCUGGAGGUUGCUGGCUUCCCGUUCUCAGCCUGGAUUGGUGGGACCUGGAUUGCAGACCCACGUCCUCACUGCAAAGCAGGCAGGUCAAGGGAAGUCUGGCACUUUCCAUUUCUUCCUCGCAGGGAGCAGAUUGAUACUGACCUUGAAGCCGAAACUUCAGGAUGCCUCAGUUAGGGACCCGUCUAGCUGUAGAAACUUUGGGCCCCAUAAAGCCUCCAUUUGCCCCUUCUCACAAUAGAAGAAAGUUUUUAAAAUGCAGAAUUUAUUAAUGACUUAGGCUAGGGUCACAUGGGGCUUAAUAUAUGGGCUGGAACUCAAACUUACAUCUUUGACUUCAAUGCUUGUGGUUCUAACAAGUAAACUGAACUGGGGAUGGAGCAGAAGCCUCCAUCAUAGGCUUCAAAAGGCAGAUCAUCAUCCAGAGAUCUGCGUCUCUGGGUGUCAAGGAGCUGUCCUGACAUUUUGGGGUUUUUUUGUUUUCAGUUUUAUUGAGGAAGAAUUGACAUACAUCACUCUGUAAGUUUAAGGUGUACAACAUGAGGGUUUGAUUUACCUAUAUUGGAAAGUUAUUACCAUACUAGGUUUAAUUAACAUCAGCCAUCUCAGAUAGAUACAAUAAAAAGAGAAAAAUGCAAUUUUUAAAUUUAUAAAUGUUACAGGAGGGAAUUCUCUGCCUGUCCGGUGGUUGGGACUCUGUGCUCUCACUGCUGAGGGCCCGGGUUCAGGCCCUGAUGGGGGAAAUAGGAUCCUGCAAGCCACAUGGCAUGGCCAAAAAUAAAAUGAAAAUGUUCUAAGAGAUGGAGAUUUAAUGCCUCCACCUCUUCUCCUCUUCUCUCCAAAAUUUUAUUGUACUUUUAAUUAUAUAAUUGACCUACAGUGCUACAUAAGUUCCAGGUGCACAACAUAGUGAUUCGAUAUUUUUAAAUGUUGCAAAAUGAUCGUCUGUGUCCUGGCAUUGAGCUGCAAACAUCUCGGGGUGAGCAGUGGGCUGGGGCAAUGGGGCCCCUGCCACCGGCCCCUUUCCUCCCCAUAUGUGGCCCCCCCAUCCCAGGAUAGCCUCUGGGGAUAAAAGCAGACUCCUGGCUCCACCUAGAAGGAGCACAUGGUUAAGUGGAAGAGUCAACCAGGAAGUCUGCAACGUGCUAUGUUCGGGCAAAGAAGGUCCAGCCAGAGGGUCAUGGUGCCAGAGGCUGACAUGCAGUCACCAAUCCCUAGUGGGAUCCAGGAAGGCAUUUGGGUUGGGGCUCAGAGCCCAGCCUGAUACUGGCAUCCACAAGUUUCGUUUGUCCCUGCCAGGGUCACAGAUUGUCUCAGCGCCAGCACAGUGAAUGGCUUUUGCUGUGUGACUCACUCCUUCUCACCUGUCUCCGAGGUUCCAAGAUGCCAAUGACUGGCUCUCAGAUGCUGCUACCCGCGUAUGGGGCCUUCUGGACAAGUCUCUGCGUGCAGCAGGUUUUCAGCAAGCCCCUAGGUGAACCCAGAUAAGGUUUCAGGACAAAGACAGACAGUGCCCAGUCCAUUGUUUUCACGAGUUAGCCCUGGGUCAGGCCCUGGAACAGAAUAGUCACAGCCUUUGCUCUGGUGGGGAGUACAGACAGUAAAUAAGUCCUAUAAGUAAGCAUGCAACUGUGAAUAAAUAAUAAGAAUGGGUAGAGGGUGGCCUACUUUACUGUGGAGAGUCAGGAAAACAUUUUGAAGAGGAAAUAUUUGGUUCAAAUAAAGGAUGGAUAGGAGUUCAUUGAGCACAUGAUGAAAAGGCAGAGAGCUAUUGAGGGAUUGGCCCCUUUGGAAUCAUGUUUCCUUGACAAAAGGCUCACUCCUGGGAAUCCAAGCUCGUGGGAUGGGAGAGGACCCCAGGAGAUGAGUGAAUUUGUGUGUCUAUAGUAAAGAUUCCUAGAAAUAGAACUGCUGGAUCAAAGAGCAUCCAUCUUUUAAAUGUGAAGUUGCCAAAUUACUCCAAAAAUGACUUACCAACUUAUACUCUCUGGAAUGGUGUCAGGAAUGCCCUUGUCACCCUUUCCUACUGAGCGCCCCCCAUCAUCUAUAGAGGUAAAUAAGUCAUUUUCAUUUUUACCUACCUAAUGGAAUAUUUGGGCUUCCCUGGUGGCUCAGAUGGUAAAGAAUCUGCCUGCAAUGCAGGAGACCGGGUUCAGUCCCUGCGUUGGGGGGAAGAUCCCCUGGAGAAGGAAAUGGCAACUCACUCCAGUAUUCUUUCCUGGAGAAUCCCACGGACGGAGUCUGGCGGCCUACUGUGCAUGGCUCACAAAGAGUCAGGUACGACUGCCGCAACACCCAAAAACUGUUAAAGCGCUACUAGGAACAAUCGUGUCUAUAUCUCCUGCUACCAGUGCUGUAGGAUAUUCACUUAGCAGCUAAAUAGCUGGAUCAUGAGUAUCUUCAUUCAAAUUAUGCCAGAUGGUUGUUAUCUAUUUAUGGGCUUCCCAGGUAGCUCAGUGGUAAAGAAUUUGCCUGCAAUGCAGGAGACAUGGGUUUGGUCCCUGGGUCAGGAAGAUCCUGACCCUGGAGUUUCCUCCUGGAGGAGAAGAUCGCAAUCCACACCAGUACUCUUGCCUGGACACUCCCAUGGACAGAGGAGUCUGGUGGGCUACAGUCCAUGAGAUCCCAAAAAGUGGGACGCAACUGAGCACGCAUAUAUCUGUUUCUGCUUCCAUAGUUCCAGCUGCCCUACAACCUCAGUAACAAUCAGCGUUCUCAGACUUUAAAAUUUUUGGCUGUUGGGUGGUUGACCAGUGACAUCUCAUUGUGAUUCAUUUUGUGUUCCACUGAUUAAUGAAGUUAAGCAUCUUUUCCUAUUAAUAUUUUUGUUGGCCACUUGUAUUUCUCUUUGCUGAAGUACCUAUCCAGGGCUUUUGUUUGUCAUUUUCUUAUUGAUUUUUAGAAGUACUUUGUAUGUUCUGAAUGCCACUCCUAUGUCAGUUAUUUAUAUUUCAGAUAUUGUCUCCCAAUUUGUGACUUGUCUUUAUAUUUUCUUUGUGAUAACCCUUGUAUAACACAAGGCCUUAAAGUAAUUAAAUUUACCCAUUCUUUCCUUUA